UCCCUAAAAAGGGUCGCCCUAGGUCAGAACUGACUUGAGGGCACAUGCUUGUGCUUAUUCUUCCUCCACGAACCUAGACUUAUACCGCUGGUAGUCUCAGGCAGGAACUGGCAAGGCAGUCCCAGAGCGUUGGCCCCUUCCCUGGGGAGAGUCAGGGGUCGAGCGACGGGCAGACCGGCUCCGACGUCCUGCAGGCCUCCUGCAACUCUCGGAAAACGGGCCAGCAGUGGAUUUAGGGGAAAAGCGGGCCAGAGCAGCCUUUAACCCGCUGCUUGCCCCAGAGCUGCCCCGCCUUUGUUCCCUUGAUCCGGACUCACCCCAUCGCGGAACCGCCAGCGAGGAAAAAGCCGGCGAUUCGUGGGGGCGUCGAACCGGAGGGCGGAGGGGCAGCCGUCUCUCGGGCUGUUGCCCAGCCGCCUCUCUUCUCCAGGGUGGCCACCAGUCCGGCCAAGGCCCGCCCGGCGCGCAGCGAGCCCCCGUCGGAAGGCGGGACGGGGCGGGGUUCCCGUCAGAUUGAGACGGGGCUGGGUCCGUCCGGGAGCCCUCUCCCCUCACGGUCCUCCUCUGACGACAAGCCCCAGCGGCGGCAGCGGCAGCAGCGGCUCGGGCUUCGCAGGCAAGCCGGCAGGCAUCCAAGGAAUUCGCUCCUCGCCGAGCGCGCCGCACCGCCGCCGCCCGACGAUCCUCCUUGCGCUUUCCUGCCGAGGCCGGGGAAGGGUCUCUCUGUGUGUGUGUGCGUGCGCGCGCGCCUCUCCCCCUUGCAUGGGGGCUCCGGGGGAAAGAGGCAACUCGCCCGCCGCCGCGUGAUGGCCCAGCCUCUGUUCCGGAAAACUUUCUCCCGGCUGAGGGGCAAGGAGCGCCUGGGACGCAAGGAGGCGCCGCCGCGCCAAGAACCAGAUCCUCUGUUGGAGUCACCAGCUGCUUCUGCAUCCUUUCUUGAACAUGAGCAAGUGGGGCCUUCGCUCCCACUGGAGGAGGGUGGAGGCAGCAAGAAAGGGGCCACUAUCACUGUGUCGAGGAAGCAAAACUGGGCCAAGUUCACCUGGGGUAGCCAAGAAGAUUCUCGCAGUAGGAAGCUCUGCCAGAAUUCUUUCAGCACGCCAUCGGGUCCUGCUCCCCUUAAUGAUGCAUCAUCCCCGCAGAGCCUUCUCGGUGCUGCCUCAGAGGCACCUGUUUCAAAAGAAGCUGGUGAAUCUCCCGUUAGCUGCCCAGAGAUUUCCAGUUCUAGUGUCAGCACCAAGCACAGCAGCCAAGGCGCUUAUCUGCAGAGCCUGGAAAGGAGCAGCCGGCACUGGGUGCUGUCCUCAGGGAAGACCCAGGGCCAGGAAGAGUCACUCCCUUCUGCUGGCUCUGGCACGGAGCUGAAGGAACUCAACAUGCUCUGCGGUAGUAAGGGGGAAAUCUGGUACAACCCCAUCCCAGAAGAUGAGGAUCCACAGCUCCCUUGCCUUGAUCGGAAGUGGGGCAGCAGUGUCAAGCACCAGGAUCAGAAGAGGAAGCCUAAGGACAUCAACGCUGCACAUGAGGUUGUCCACCUCGGUGUCUCACAGCAAGCAGGAAGUAGUGGUUUGAAGACUUCACCAACCCGAGUGAGACCUGUUAAGCUGGCUGAGGAGAUCAGCAUCCCCCAGCUCCAGACCUCUGGAAAGAUGCUGGUCGCAGGUAUGCAUCCUGAGGAAAAGGGAGCAGAUGCUCUGUCAACAGCACAGAGCCCCACUGCCUGCAAAAAGGGCCCCAGCCUUGGCAAGGCAAAGUCUCCGGGCCCAGUGCGGAGUCUGUCCAUGAAAAUGAAGAAGCUGCCAGAACUGAGGCGGAAGCUUAGCCUACGUAGCUCCCGUCCCCGGGGCCCUGAGGCAGAAGGUGGCUCCUCUCCCAAGGAGUCAGGCAACGUCAUCAGCCGCUACCACCUUGACAGUAGUGUGGCUUCUCGGCAACCGUUGUCGCGGGGCAAGGCUGCCAGCAAAGGGGGAUACCUGAGUGAUGGUGACUCCCCAGAACUCCAGGCUAAGACGGAGGCUUGCCUAGGGCUUGAUCCUGGCUCCUUCCGACCCUACAGUUUUUCUGAGCAACCUGGCUGCUUGCAACAUCUCUCUGGCCUUGUCAGCAUCCACCUGCUGGGAGUGCAGGACUUCAAGCCUCCCAAAGCUGAAAUGAAGGAAGCCUUCUGCGUCCUCCAAAUUGACUCUGUCAACAAGGCCCGCACAGCCCUGUUGCCUUGUCAGGGGGCCUUCCUCAACCUCAACCAUUCCUUCCAGCUGGAGCUUGAGGAUGCUCAGCUCCUCAAAGUUGUGGUCUUCUCAUGCGAUCCCAUGGUGGGCAAGAAUCGUGUCUGCUGCCACGGCACCAUCACCCUACCCUACAUAUUUCAAGCAGGUGGUAGAACCCAGCAGCUGGCCAUGCAACUGGAGCCACAGGGAAUUCUUUACCUCAAACUCACUCUGGUGGAUCAGUGGGACCCUGUCAACCGUGAGCAGGAGCCCCAAGUGUUUGGUGUGAACCUGAGCCAGCUGGUGGAGAGGGAAAAUGCUGCCAUCAAAGUGCCCCUGCUGAUCCAGAAGUGUGUUGCCCAGAUUGAGAAACGAGGACUGAAGGUGGUGGGGCUGUAUCGUUUGUGUGGCUCAGCCGCAGUGAAGAAAGAGCUGCGUGAUGCCUUUGAGAGGGAUAGUGCUGCUGUGGAGCUCUCCGAAGACCUCUACCCAGACAUCAACGUCAUUACAGGCAUCUUGAAAGACUACUUGCGAGAAUUGCCCACACCUCUCAUCACCAACCCACUCUACCAUGUAGUGUUGGAAGCCAUGUCCAAUCGGACAGUGGGCCAGGAAGCUAAGGAGACGACGGCAACAGCCGCUCUUCUGGACUGCCUGCCAGAAGCUGAGAAGGCCACCUUGACCAUGCUCCUGGACCACCUUAGCCUGGUUGCUGCUUUCCACACAUUCAACCGCAUGAAUGCACAGAACCUCGCCGUGUGCUUUGGGCCUGUCUUGCUGAGCCAGGGGUCAGGGGCCCACAGCUCUAGCCAGCAGCACCGCUCCAUGACCAGCACCAUGGACUUCAAACACCACAUUGAAGUGCUGCAUUAUCUGCUACAGGCUUGGCCAGCCCCACGCAGGGUGACAGAAGAGGAGCAUGCUCCGCCUGGCAUGCAGGCACAUGGCCCCUGCCGCCGGCCCCUGGAUCUGCCACUGCUCCAAGGCGCCGUUGUGGCUCGGAGUCGCCCCCGAGGGUUGGAAAGUCCUCCCAGCAACCGCUACGCUGGGGACUGGAGUGUGUGUGGGCAGCAGUUCUUGGCAGGACCCAGGCCGGGUGGUGACACCGACUAUGACGAGGUGGCUGGGAGUGAGAGUGACAGUGAGAAGGAGGAGACCGAGGAAGACGCUCUGAGAGAAGGGCUGAAACGCCACAGCCAGACUGUCUUCAUGGGUGAUUUUGCCUUGGUGGAAGACCCGGAGGCUCCUUUCAGCCCAAGGCUCAAUCUGAAGGACUUUGAUGCCCUCAUCUUGGACCUCGAGCGAGAACUCUCCAAGCAAAUCAAUGUCUGCCUGUGAGCCAUUCUGCCAGAAUAUAAGAAGACCGAGGAACCGUCAGGCACUUGCCUCAGUAGGGCAGUCUCUGACGUUAGUCAAGCUCAGGCCUGCCACCUUAUCAGUAUUCCUUCUGUUCACAGUGCUUUGAGCCACGUGGAUGGGUUUUUUUUAUUGCUGUUGUUGUUGUUGUUGUUG